AUGAUUGGAGAAAUAGAGAUUUUGCGCCACCCGGUCCACGCCUGCGUCCCCGCGGGUCACACGGUGGUGCUGAGCGUGUGCGCGCAGGGCACAGGUGCGCUACACUUCCAAUGGUUCAACUACGCUCUGAAGGACGGGGCCGUGCGUGAGGUUCCCGGAGGCACGCAGCCAAAUCUGACAAUCCACGUGGAAAGAACACAGAACUAUUCAUGUCGAGUGAAUGACCGUUAUUUAAACUUCAGAUUCAGUAAAUGGGCUCAAGUGUCGGUGCUGGACGCGGAUCAUUCAGGUUUACCGCUGCAGUGGCGAGGGGAGCCUCACAUCACAGUUCAGCCCCAACCCCAGGCUCUUCGGCCCGGGGCCCGACUGAGGCUCUGCUGUGCAGCCUUUGGGGUCCCGCAGCCCGCAUACCAGUGGUACAGGGACGGCCAGGCCCUGCAGCAGCAGACCAGAGAGAUCCUGCAGGUGAGUCAGGCCGGGGCCCAUGACGCAGGCACAUACCUCUGCGCCGUCACCAACGUCUUGGGGGAAAGUUGGAGCGAUGCCGUCGACGUGAACCUCAUUUUAUCAAAGCCAAGUAUGGAAGUCAACACAGCAGCGCUCACUGCCACAGACAAAGUGGCUCUUCUCAUUGGAAACCUGAACUACUCGCACCACCCCGGGCUCCUGGCUCCGGUGAUGGACGUGCACGAGCUGGGGUUGCUCCUGCAGCAGCUCGGCUUCAGGGUCCUGUCUCUGCUGGACCUCACGGCAGAACAGAUGACCGCGGCUGUCCACAACUUCACCCAGCUCUUAGACACCGGGGUCUAUGGGCUCUUCUACUACGCCGGCCAUGGCUUCGAACGAGCUGGAAGAAACUAUCUCGUUCCCAUCGACGCUCCACAACCUUACCGCACAUCGACAUGUCUCUGCGUGCAAAGGAUCAUGGGAAAAAUGCAGGAAAAGAACACUGCGCUUAGUCUCAUUCUUUUGGAUGCCUGCAGAAAAUGGUGCAAAGAGGAGAGUACCCUGUCAAUCAUCCAGCCUUUGGGACCCACUGGGAACACGGUCUACGGCUAUGCCACGUAUCUGUCUGUGCUAACCACAGACCUGUCCGUGCUAACCACAGACCUGUCCGUGCUAACCACAGACCUGUCCGUGCUAACCUCAGACCUGUCCGUGCUAACCUCAGACCUGUCCGUGCUAACCUCAGACCUGUCCGUGCUAACCUCAGACCUGUCCGUGCUAACCACAGACCUGUCCGUGCUAACCUCAGACCUGUCCGUGCUAACCACAGACCUGUCCGUGCUAACCUCAGACCUGUCCGUGCUAACCACAGACCUGUCCGUGCUAACCUCAGACCUGUCCGUGCUAACCUCAGACCUGUCCGUGCUAACCACAGACCUGUCCGUGCUAACCACAGACCUGUCCGUGCUAACCUCAGACCUGUCUGUGCUAACCUCAGACCUGUCUGUGCUAACCUCAGACCUGUCUGUGCUAACCACAGACCUGUCCGUGCUAACCUCAGACCUGUCCGUGCUAACCUCAGACCUGUCCGUGCUAACCUCAGACCUGUCCGUGCUAACCACAGACCUGUCCGUGCUAACCUCAGACCUGUCCGUGCUAACCUCAGACCUGUCCGUGCUAACCACAGACCUGUCCGUGCUAACCACAGACCUGUCCGUGCUAACCACAGACCUGUCCGUGCUAACCACAGACCUGUCCGUGCUAACCUCAGACCUGUCUGUGCUAACCACAGACCUGUCUGUGCUAACCUCAGACCUGUCCGUGCUAACCACAGACCUGUCUGUGCUAACCACAGACCUGUCUGUGCUAACCUCAGACCUGUCUGUGCUAACCACAGACCUGUCUGUGCUAACCACAGACCUGUCCGUGCUAACCUCAGACCUGUCCGUGCUAACCACAGACCUGUCCGUGCUAACCUCAGACCUGUCUGUGCUAACCACAGACCUGUCCGUGCUAACCUCAGACCUGUCCGUGCUAACCUCAGACCUGUCCGUGCUAACCACAGACCUGUCCGUGCUAACCUCAGACCUGUCCGUGCUAACCACAGACCUGUCCGUGCUAACCUCAGACCUGUCCGUGCUAACCUCAGACCUGUCCGUGCUAACCUCAGACCUGUCCGUGCUAACCUCAGACCUGUCCGUGCUAACCUCAGACCUGUCUGUGCUAACCACAGACCUGUCCGUGCUAACCUCAGACCUGUCCGUGCUAACCUCAGACCUGUCCGUGCUAACCACAGACCUGUCCGUGCUAACCACAGACCUGUCCGUGCUAACCUCAGACCUGUCCGUGCUAACCUCAGACCUGUCCGUGCUAACCUCAGACCUGUCCGUGCUAACCUCAGACCUGUCCGUGCUAACCACAGACCUGUCCGUGCUAACCUCAGACCUGUCUGUGCUAACCUCAGACCUCGGUGAAGAUGCUGAGGCGUUCGAAGUCCAGGACCAGAGCAGAAGCACCGGGAUCUUCACCAAGUAUCUCAACAAAUACAUCCUGCUGCCUGAAAAAGUCACCCAUGUUUUGGAGAGGGUGUCCGAGGAUGUGGACAAGGACCCGCUGGUGCGAGGCAAACAGGCCGUGGAGAUCCGGCACUCGCUGAAGGAAGCUCGCUCUCUGUCAGACCCGAUCCGCAGCAACGGCCACACCCGAGAACUGCGAGCCAGAGACGUCUGCUGGAGGAGAGCCAACGAGCUGCCAAAGAAGAAGUCUCUGCAGUUUCCUUGUGGAGCAGAAGUGGAGGUCGGCUUCUCGGCUUUGUUCUCUAACGUGUUGGUGGUGUUCGCUAACGUCAGACGCUCGGGUCCUCAGGCGACGGACUGCACUCUGGGCCUCAGCAGUCACCCUGCAAUGGAAAAUAUAUUUUCUGGAGAGAGCAGGUCUGAGGAUUUUGACUCACUGCUGUUCGGCCAGUCCAAUAAUCCAGAGAGCAGCCUCUGGCUCUGCGGGCUGCAGACGCUCAAGGAGGCUCUGCUCAUCCACGUGGAUCUACAUUUCACUGUCGCGGACGGUGACAGCACCCGGCGGCAAACCCAGAGCCUGCAGCUAAACGUGGGUAAGCCUCUGGUGGCCUCCUGCGGACUUUACCACCAGAGCGUUUCUCCAAAAGCCCACUGCCCAGGAGCUCACGGCGCCCACGUCCCGCCACAGAGGAGCCAAGCCACGCAGCCGUUCAGCAGGAAGUGUCUGGAACCAGCGACGGUCGGAAAAAACCAACCGGAAGAGCACGACGAGUCCGAAACGAUGUUAUAA